AUGACCCACGCAUCUCAACAAGCACGAAAGUAUACCCACACCAAUAUCCCUCCAUCAUACGCGCAAAGCAUUGUUGGAUUGAGCACUCCAGCUACAUCUGUAUCGCCAUCACCCGAACCGACUUUUGUCUCCUCCCCAUCCACCAUGGCUGGCCGUCGAAGCAACAUGCGCCGCAGCCCGCAGUCGCAACCGGAGAUUUCAUUACCGAUCACCUAUACCCCGACUACCCACCGUAUUAGCAAGGCAAAGAAAGGAAAGCGCGUACAUGCCUGCGAGUACCCCGGAUGUAACAAGGUCUUCACUCGCGCAGAGCAUCGCAGACGACACGAGGUGAACCACAACCCCGAGGCCUCAUUUCGGUGUACGCAUCAAGGCUGCAAGAAGGCCUUCCACCGAUCAGACCUGCUUACGCGACACAUGGAAAGACACAAACUCGAGGCCCAAUCUGAACAAUAUCAGUGGACUCCUCAAUCGUCAGCCGCUCUGCUCGACGAUUCAGCUUCCGUCGCACGCUGCAUGUCCAUGGACAGUCCCAACAUGCUCGCUGCAAGUUCACCUCAGCCGCAUACCAUGUCCAUUGGAUCCAUCGUGGCACCUGGAAUUCAUCCCGACCUCGCCAACAGCUGCUCAUUAAUGUGGAAUGGCAUCGACUUGCCUCUACAACCUCGUCCAGCGGCGAACCUAUUCCAGACCCAACUCCCCGAGUCGGUGGAUGACAGCCCAUUCUACUCCUCGCCCCCCGAGACCUGCCCUUCUCCACUCUCCGACGUGGCCUUCACCACCAUGCCAUCUCAGUCGGGUUCCAUCUCAUCCAUCUCCUCCCUGGGCAGCUCCCUCCUUGAUCAAUACCCCAAGAACAUCCUCAAUGCCGACGUGACUUCCUCUCCUCUUCAGAUGCCUACUCCCCUGCGCUGGGACCACUCCGACGCUGGCAUGCCUCCGUCUCACUUGCUCCCCAUGUCACUGGAUGAGAGUCUGAUCCAACCGCCCCCUCAAUGCCACUACCCUUCUCCCUCCUGGUCUGGCACCGACUGUCUCUACGAUGAGCAGGUGCAUUCAUUGACUCACUUUCAACCCAUCAACUGGAGGCAGUGGAGCAUGUGA